AUGUACGACUAUGCUUUUGUUCACUUAAAAUUCACGGUACCCGUGGCGGUACUUCUCACCGCUAUCGCCUAUCCUAUUCUCAACAGGAUACAUCUCAUUCAAACAGGCUUCCUCGUCUGCGUCGCCUUUACCGCCGCUCUGCCAUGGGAUGCAUACUUGAUUGAGCAAAAAGUAUGGUCUUACCCACCCGAAGCCAUUGUUGGGCCGCGUUUACUUGGAAUCCCCUUUGAAGAGCUGUUCUUCUUUGUCAUACAGACUUACAUCACGGCGGUCGUUUACAUCCUCUUCAACAAACCGGUGCUGCACGCGUUGCACCUCAACAAUCAACAAAACCCGCCAGCAUGGAUGAGGGUCGCCAAGGUUACCGGCCAGGUAGUCCUCGUAGCCUUGUCGGUAUGGGGAUGGAAGGCCGCUCAGGUUCAUCAGGAAACAAGCUAUCUCGGCUUGAUCCUUGUUUGGGCUUGUCCGUUCUUACUGGCUAUCUGGACCCUUGCUGGGCGCUUCAUUCUCAGCCUACCAUGGUACGCGACGGUGGUCCCAAUGUUCCUACCCACCUUCUAUCUUUGGGCGGUAGACGAGUUUGCCUUGCACAGGGGUACUUGGUCCAUCGGAUCGGGGACGAAGCUUGGAUUUUGUCUGUUUGGCAAGCUGGACAUUGAAGAAGCCACGUUCUUCCUGGUGACCAACAUGCUCAUCGUUGGCGGUAUGGCCGCGUUCGAUCAAUAUCUGGCCGUCAUUUACGCUUUCCCAACUCUGUUCCCCAAGGUCAACCGGUAUCCGACACCUCAUAUGCUUCUUCAAAGCCGUCUUAUCAACACAUCCAGGUACGAUCUUGAGCGCAUUGAGGGCCUGAGAGAAGCGGUCGAGAGACUGCGCCUGAAGAGCAGGAGUUUUUACCUGGCCAAUUCGCUCUUUUCUGGUCGACUCCGCAUUGACCUGAUCCUGCUGUACUCCUUCUGUCGCCUGGCCGAUGACCUAGUCGACGACGCCAAAUCCCGCCGCGAGGUCUUGUCCUGGACCGCGAAGCUGAACCACUUCCUUGAUCUGCACUACAAGGACUCGGACGCCACCGAGGACCCCAAGAAAAAGGCGGAGCGAAUCGACGCCUACAUCAAGACAGCGUUCCCUCCCUGUGCCUACCAAGCCCUCCACCUCCUGCCCACUCACAUUCUUCCUCCCAAGCCUCUAUACGAUCUCAUCAAGGGUUUUGAGAUGGACUCCCAAUUCACCUUCCACGGUAAUUCCGACUCUACGGAUCUUCAAUACCCCAUCGCCGACGACAAGGACCUUGAAAACUACGCUAUCUAUGUUGCCGGCACCGUCGGCGAGCUCUGCAUCGCCCUCAUCAUCUACCACUGCCUGCCAGACAUGUCGGACAACCAGAAGCGCCAGCUCGAGACCGCCGCGUGCCGGAUGGGUAUCGCGCUGCAGUACGUCAACAUCGCUCGCGACAUCGUCGUCGACGCACGUAUCGGGCGCGUUUACUUGCCUACCACCUGGCUCAAGACAGAAGGGUUGACGCACAAGAUGGUCUUGGAGAACCCCGAGGGUCCCGAGGUCAUUGAGCGGAUGAGAAGACGGCUUUUGGAAAAUGCGUUUGAGCUGUACGGGGAGGCGAGGCCUGAGAUGCAACGGAUACCGAGCGAGGCAAGGGGCCCGAUGAUUGGUGCCGUUGAAAAUUACAUGGCGAUUGGAAGGGUAUUGAGGGAGAGGAAGGAGGGGACGGUGUUUGUGAGGAAGGAGGGGAGGGCUACGGUCCCGAAGCGAAAGAGGUUGAGCACGCUGUUGAGGGCGCUGUAUGAGCAAUAG